AUGGGUUGCAAAAAUAGUCGCGGCCAACCUAAAUUGGUUCCUAUGUCAGUAAAACUCGAACAGGACAAGAUCGUUAGGAAGAAGCAAAUUCCCGCAAAAAAGGAAGCAGACCAUAAGCCCGACAAACAGACAGCAUUGUUGAAGAAUAAUCCCGAAAAGAAACAAGCUGAAGAGAGGAAGUUAGCCGCAAAGAAGAACAUUGAGGAAAACGCGAAAAAGGUAGCCGCAAGAAUCGAUUUCGAGUGCAUCCAAAAGCACUAUGCACUCUCCCUCAAGGAAAAUGGCGAUUCAAAGAAGCUAGUCAUUCGACCAGACUUCAUCGCCGACCCUCCCAUCGAUAUGAUGGCAUUAAUGAAAGUUCUCCCAGAAUAUGCACCAGCAAUAACCAAUAUUCAAAUCAACCUGAUGGUGCCCUCUCAGGGUAGCUCGCGGGAAGUUUAUCAGCAACAUGUAGAAAGUAUGAAGAGGUUAAUGGAAAUUUUAAAUACAUCCCCUUUAACUGAGCUUAGUAUUCUAGUUCACACCGAUGAUCACGAUAGUUUUCAGCAGCUAAAGCUGGCUGCUGCUGUUAAUGGUUUAGUGUUUCAGGACUGGACUAUGGAGUAUCAAGUUAUGGGUUGUUCUGAAGUUUAUCCAAUUAGAAGAAAUACCUCUUAUGCAAGGCGACUUCGCGGUGUGUAUAGGACUUAA